GGUCACCACAGGCAGUCCAGAAUUAUCCAAGAUGGCGACGAGUUUUAAGAAAAAAUCGAGCAGAGGACGCGUGUUGCAAAUCCCGGGCACAAGACCGUCCAUACACAAUAACCAGCUGUUAGUGUCAACGGGGAUUCCAUCUUUAGAUAGUGUCAUAGGUGGUGGUAUUGCAGUAGGGACAGUCUUGUUAGUAGAAGAAGACAUUUAUGGUUCAUAUGCUAGACAGCUGCUAAAGUAUUUCCUGGCCGAGGGCGUUGUAUCUGGCCAUUCUCUUUUCUUGGCAUCAGCGGAGUUGGAACCUUCUGCCAUACUCAAGGACCUUCCCUAUCCUAUGAAUGAAGAGAAUGAUUCGGAACCUGGACUAUCAACACCUGGCAGACAAGAGGAGUCCAUGAAGAUUGCAUGGAGAUAUCAGCAAUUGCCAAAAGUACAGUCAUCUUUGGCAUAUUCUAAUUUUAGUCAUUACUUUGACCUCACAAGAGUAAUGGAAGAGCCAAGAGUACACAGGCUACCCAUCACUACUUUUGAUGCUACAAGUGAAUGGAGUGAAGGCAUUCAGUGUGGAAGGUCAAUGGAUAGAAGUCCUCUUUAUGAGAAACUCAUCUCCUCCUUAAAACAGACAAUCUGCCAAGGUGGUUACUCAACAACACACAAGCAACAGCAACAGAAAUCCAUCCUAAGACUUGCCUUACAUGGACUUGGCUCUCAGCUAUGGGGCGAGGCUUGCUCUGCCACAGACUUCACCACAGGGCUACCAAGAUUUCUUUAUUGUUUAAGAGCUCAGCUGCGAUCGUCAUUAGCUGUAUGCAUGGUAACCAUGCCAACACAUAUAUUCCAGGAUUCUGGAUUUACAAAGAGAAUAGAGCAUCUUGCUGAUACUGUUGUGUCCCUGGAAUCAUUUGCAGGAUCUAGUAAAGAAACCAACCCUGUGUACAAAAACUACCAUGGGUUAUUUCACAUUAUUCGACUCCCUCGUCUGAAUUCACUGAUGAGCCAUAUGCCAUCAACCCUAGACCUGGCCUUCAAGCUUAGGAGAAAGAAACUCACAAUAGAGAUGCUCCAUUUGCCACCAGACCUGUCAAUCAAUGCAAAUAGAGAGCAAGAAGACCCAGUCUCCCAGUCAGGCUCGUGUCAGGCCGGUACGGGAAACAGUAGACUGGACUUUUAAGGUGAUGCGCCAUCUCAUGCAGUGUGCAAAAGAAUCAAAGAAUGAUCUAAUAGAUGCAGUGCCCGUGAAUGGAGGAAAAUAUAUAACAUCCAUCUCACCUUUUGCAUUAUUAAUCAUUUGACAUUCAGUCGGAGAAUGUCUCUUUAGAUUACUCUGAUGACAGCUGACUUUUGUGACGGGAGAACAUGUCGCUAUGCAUAGAGAACUGUAUUUAAACAUAUGAAUGUACUAUCACAUAAAGCAAUGGGUAGCAAUCUGGAAGAACUCUUAAAAAGACAUUAUCCCGAUGACGAAGAAUUCAAAACGAUCUCGGAAAAAAUGAAAAAAGAAGUCGCCAUUUCUGAGACGUCUCGAAGGCCAAGUGACGCGACACAUUUUAUUCAUAGUCUUGAUUACAUCGACGAAACACCGGAAGAAAAACUAGAAAGACGAAGAAUAGAGAUCAUGACAAGAGACAUUCGAAUUCUCUCUACAAGUUCUUACAGGAACAUCGUGUUUGCUGCUAAGUACGCAAAUACAAGAAACAAGGGGUUGAGCAAGAGCUUGGAAGCAUGCACGAGAGUUUGGUCUCGUGAACACCGAAGGCAAGUCAAGUUUAUUGAGAUUUACGAGAAAGUUCUGUAUAAAGAUUUAGCUGAGAUUCAACGGAAAGGAUCUAAAGUUCCUAGAAGAUUACAAAAAGAGUUUGGAGUAAUUGAGACGGUCCGUGAAAAGAGUGAAGAUGGCCGAGGUAGAGAUAAAGGAAGGCAAAUGAGGACUAGGUUGCCUUCAAUCGAUUCCUCCAGGAGCAUGGGUCGGAGCUCUGAUGAAGAUCACGAGGACUUGUCUUCAGAACCGUCAAGUUCUAUUGAGAACUCUAGAAAAGAAGUCUAUAAACUUCCGCUUAUAACUUAACGACUCAAAAUAUUCUCAAUAUUGUAUUUUUUGCCUUAUAGAGAACUCUGCACAAAUUUGCUUUUCGUAUAGGAAAUCAUGCGAGUUCAAUUUGGAAUUAAUUUCCACGAGUGGGUUUUUACAAAAGUAUCAAAAUUUGCAAUUUGAGCUUUUUGAAGAAACCCCACGAGUGUAAAUUAAUUCCAAAUUGAACGAGAAAAGUCGUAUAAUUUCCUUUUAAUACUAUACACGAAAAAAAUGCAAGGCAGAACAAACAGGAAAAGACGCGCGAGAGCCAUGUUUUCUGGGCUGAAGAACCGGAGAUGUGCUGUUCUGCAUGUUGAACGUGGGGAAACGAUUUCUCGAGUAAAUUGUUAAGUGCUUCAGGGUCGUAGGCUUCAAAUUCCUCGGAUAUUUCCUUUUCUUGGCACCAUUUUCGCAAGACAUUUAUCCAAAAUGUUAUGCUUAGUGCUGUGUUUUUAGUUUUCGAGGAGUUUUUCAAUUCCUCGAUAGUUUUUUUUUUUUUUUUUUUCAUGUAUAUUAUUAGUCAAAGAAUAUUGUAACGAAUACGAAAAGAGCCGACUUAACACUUCCCCCCCCCCCCCCUUACCCCGGGAAUGGGGUGGGUAUAAAACUCUACUUAUUGCUAUCUCUUAGGGGGUCCUACGCUAAUGAUGUCCCGACACGCUCGAGGCUUUUUACAACAAACCACAAGUCAACUGAGUACUUUUAAGAAAAAAACUUUUUUUGUUUUUUUUUAAUUGUUAACUAACAUUGGUGCUCUUCGGAUUAAAAAUCUUUAGGGAUAAGAA